AUGAAGAAACAACUUCUUUUCACCAGUCUUUCCAUGGCAGUAUCUCUUGUCACCGUCGAAUCCUUUCUUGUUCCGCUUGGUACUCAAUCAUCGUCCUCUCGCCUUCUAUCGUCGUCUUUGUCUUCUGAUGGCUUUGGUCUAAGAAAAAUGAGCAAGGAGCUAAUGCAACAGAAGAAAGAAGACCAACAAGCAACAAAUGAUCCAGCAGCCAACGAUGUCGCCAGUCGAUUCAUGAGUUUCGCCACUUCGUCCCCGAAUAAGCCGCUCACUACGUCCAUCAGUCAAGUUCAAAGUCCGUCGUCGGCUAAACGAAACUCCCAAACCAAAGACCAAACGCAACAACAUGGAACUCUAAACAGUAGAAUACCGUCUGUCUUCACUACUAACAGAGAAUAA